AUGGGUGGAAAAAGAGUGUGUGAAGUGUGUGGUAUUAAUGAAAGCCGCAGGGGUGGAUUUUUCGGUAGUUUUCCAUUGGAUGAGAACCGUUGUCGAGCUUUGGUCAUGUUAGUUGGUAAAAAAGAUCUUGUGUUUCUACCAAUAGAGAAACUUCACAAGUUGCGCAGUGUAUGUGGGGAUCACUUUGAAAAAAGAGAUUUUAAUAAAAAAGGGAACCGACUUAAAAAAAGGGCAUACCCCAAGUUGAAUUUGUUGGCAGCACCAUUGCCUGAUGAAGUGUUAAGAGAGUUCCCUUUUCAUGUUGCAAGCAAAACUGCCCCUCUGCACUCUGGCACAAGCAAACAGCAAAAUGCAACAGUAGAUGAACACAUUUUAAAUGGAUCCAAUGAGAUUCCACUAGAAGUUAAGGAGUUGUGCGCAGUUAGUUUCCUGGCUACAGGGUCCUAUCAACGAAUUGUUGGUAUUACUCACAAUCUUCCUCAACGCACAACUAGUCGCUGCAUCCGACAAGUAGUGGAUGCUUUGAACCACCCCGCUAUUAUGGCAAAAUGGAUUGUGUUUCCGAAAACAAGGCAAGACAGAGGAUGUAAAACAAGAGUUUCAGAG